AGCGCUCUUUUCCGUCCUGUACAGAGAGCCACGUGUGACUGAACGGUUUGUUCCUGCGCCACUCUCCCGUUAUCAGCUUUACUGUUAAGAAAAACAAACAAAAAAACACCAACCUUCAGUCAUGGUGAAGCUUGCCAAGGCAGCUAAAAAGCAAGCGCCUCCUAAGAAAAAGGCACCUCCACCUCCCAAGGAAGUGGAAGAGGAGUCCAGCGAGGAGGACAGCGAGGAGGAAGAGGUGCUGCCAGUUAAAGCUGUAGCGAAGAAAAAAGCAGCUCCAGUGAAGGCAGUGAAGAAUGGAAAAGCUGCUGCCAAACAGGAGAGUGAGAGUGACGAUGACGAUGAUGAAGAAUCUGAAGAGGAAGCUCCUCCAAAGAAGGCCGCACCUGCCAAAGCAACUCCUGCUAAGAAGGCAGCGCCUGCAGAGUCCUCCGAUGAUGAUGACGAGGAGGAGGACGAUGACGAAUCCGAGGAAGAGCCGCCACCUCCACCCAAGAAGGCCACGCCUGCUAAAGCCGCAGCGGCAAAGAAAGCUGCUCCUGUGAAGAAAGCAGCUCCCGCUGAGGAGUCCGACGAGGAUGACGAUGAAUCUGAAGAGGAAGAAGCCCUGCCUCCUAAGAAGGCCGCUAAACCUGCAGCCAAAGCACCUGCUGCAAAAGCACCUGCAGCGAAGGAGGAAUCUGAUGAUGAUGAUGAUGAUGAUGAUGAUGAAGAAGAGGAAAUGGACACAACUCCUGCGCCCAAAAAGGCAGGAAUGGUGAAAGCGAAGGAGGAAUCUGAAGAUGACGAUGAGGAUGAUGACGACGAUGAGGAUGAAGAGGAAGAAGAAACCCCCGUCACUCCAGCGAAAAGGAAGGCCGAGACCAAAAAAGAGAAGGGAACGCCGCCGGCUAAGAAAGCUAAAACUGAUGGCGAAGGUUUCAGUCUCUUCUUGGGCAACUUAAACUCCAAUAAAGACUUUGAUGAAAGUAAGUCUGCAAUCACAAAUUUCUUCUCAAAGGAAGGCCUUGAAAUUCAGGACGUCCGACUUGGCGGUAGCAAGAAAUUUGGCUAUGUUGACUUUGCGUCAGAGGAAGAGCUGCAGAAGGCUUUGGGGCUCAAUGGCAAGAAGCUGAUGGGCCUACCGGUGAAACUCGACAAAGCCCGAAGCAAAGAAAACUCCCUGGAAAACAAAAAAGAGAGAGAUUCACGCACUUUGUUCGUAAAGAACCUGCCGUACUCCAUAACGCAGGAGGAACUGCAGGAAGUCUUUGACCAGGCUACUGAUAUUAGGAUACCGAUGGGCAGCAACGGUUCUAGCAGAGGCAUCGCAUACCUGGAGUUCAAGUCGGAGGCGAUCGCUGAGAAGACGAUGGAAGAGGCGCAAGGGUCAGAUGUUCAGGGCCGAUCCAUCAUCAUAGACUUCACCGGAGAAAAGAGUCGGCAGGGCGGCAGAGCCGCUGGUUCUGCAAGCAAAGUCCUGGUUGUAAACAACCUAUCGUUCAGUGCGAAUGAAGAGGCCCUCCAGAGUGUGUUUGAGAAGGCCGUGUCCAUCAGAAUACCACAGAACAACGGCAGACCGAAGGGAUUUGCGUUUUUGGAGUUCGAGAGCGUGGAGGAUUCCAAGGAGGCGCUGGAGAACUACAACAACACAGAAAUCGAGGGCAGAAGUGUCAGAUUAGAGUUCAGUCAGAACGAGCGAGGCAGUGGAGGCGGAAGAGGAGGCUCUGGGCCAACAAAAACCCUGUUUGUCAAAGGUCUGUCGGAGGACACCACAGAUCAGUCUCUGAAAGAAGCUUUUGAAGGAUCCGUCAACGCCAGAAUCGUCACAGACAGAGAAACCGGAUCAUCGAAAGGGUUUGGUUUCGUGGACUUCGAUAGCGAAGACGACUGCAAGGCGGCCAAAGAAGCCAUGGAUGACGGCGAGAUCGACGGAAACAGAGUCACUCUGGACUACGCUAAGCCCAAGGGCGAGGGCGGCCGAGGGGGCGGCAGAGGAGGCUUCGGGGGAGGCUUCGGAGGAGGCUUCGGGGGAGGGUUCGGAGGAGGGUUCGGAGGGCGAGGCGGUGGACGAGGUGGUUUCGGUGGCCGAGGGGGCGGCAGAGGCGGCGGCUUCAGGGGAGGACGAGGAGGAAGAGGAGGAGGUGGCGGCUUCAGAGGAGGAAGAGGCGGUGGACGAGGUGGAUUUGGGGACAAACCACAAGGGAAGAAGAUCAAGUUUGAUGAUUAAGUCUGUAAUUGAACUGUUUCCAUUUGCUUAAAUCCACUUUGUCAGAGCGUUUCUAGGACAUUCCAGGAAGCAUCAGUAACUGUACAGUGACCCCUGACCCCUCGCUCCCUUUUAACUGUGUGAGUUCUGAAGUGUCCCAACCAU